GCCAGAACACUUUUCCUACGGUGAGGGAAGGGAGCGCAGAAUGUGAACUUUCGUGCCUGGAUUUUCGGUCCAUAUUACUAUUUAGUCCAUAGUUUGUUCGUAUUCAAAUGGACCAGGCCAAACUACAUGCCCCCAGACUUUACUAUACUACGUUAGUAGAGAAUAAAAAGGAUGAAAUUGAAGAGAAGUACGAACGUUGUUAUAUCAAUUUGCAGUCGAUAAUAUCGGGCUUAUCAGAGAAAGAAGCCCAUGAUGCCUUAAAUGUCACUGUUGCCAAAGAUAAAGCUCAUGAAGAAAUAGUAUGCCUUGGUUUACUUACCUUAAUACUUACAGACCCCACUAAUUCAUCAAAGAGUUAUAGAGACCUGACACUGAUAGCAAGAGAUGGAUUAGUAUUGGCACAGCAUCAUCUCACACAGCUUGUUGCAGAAAGAUGGUCAAAGUUGACAGAUAUAGUACGUUCUCAACUGAUAUGGGUUGUGAGAGAGAUGAUAAGGAAUGGCGUCGCUGGAGUGGAAAACUUGUUAUGGAACGUCAUGAGGCAUAUGGCUGGAGGUGACGUUACUCAACGAAAUUUGACGCUAGUUGAAGCCAUUCUUGAUAUGUUAAUAGAAAACAGGUCAUGGGUGGACAAGACACCUAUAAUAGUCUCUACAUCUGUGUAUGCCUUUUUGAGAUUGAUUGAAGACCAUAUGUCCCCUGCUCUUGCCAACUUGCAAAAAAAGGAAAUAGCUUUUACAGUGUCUUUAUUAAGGGAAAAAUUCAAUGACUGUUUGAUGAUUGGUAGAGAUUUGAUAAGGUUACUGCAAAAUGUUGCUCGUAUUCCAGAGUUUGAGCAAUUUUGGAAGGAUAUGUUGCAUAAUCCAAAAAGUCUUAGCCCACAAUUUGGAGGAGUUCUGACGCUCUUACAGACAAGGACUUCAAGGCGGUUUCUUCAGUCACGGUUGACACCCGAUAUGGAACAAAAGUUGGUAUUUCUCACUUCAAAUGUUCGUUUCGGGAACCACAAGCGCUAUCAAGAUUGGUUCCAAAGGCAGUAUCUAGGUACCCCUGAGGCACAGUCAUUGAGAUGCGAUCUGAUAAGGUUCAUCGUUGGGGUAAUUCAUCCGACCAAUGAGCUACUUUGUUCUGACAUCAUACCACGAUGGGCAGUUAUCGGUUGGCUGCUGACGACGUGUACUUCAACCAUCGCGACUACUAAUGCCAAGCUUGCUCUCUUCUAUGACUGGUUGUUUUAUGAUCCCGAGAAGGAUAAUAUUAUGAAUAUAGAACCUGCCAUUCUUGUAAUGCACCAUUCUAUGAGGUCUCAUCCUGUUGUGACUGCAACUCUUUUGGAUUUUCUCUGCAGGAUAAUCCCCAACUUUUACCCGCCUAUGUCCGACCGGGUGAAGAACGGCAUCUACACUUCGCUGAGGCAGAUCCUGGAAAAGCGAGUGUUGCCCGCCCUCUAUCCCCUGUUCGACAGCCCCAAGCUGGACCGUGAGCUCAAGAUGAUGAUUCAUGACACUUUUCCGGACUUCUGCUUUCCCCCGCCUGUCGAAGGGAGCAGAAUAGACGACAUGAGGUGCGACGAUGAUGACGGGCCGCCUGAGUUAGAGAACCACAACGGCAGCCAGCAGGAGGCCGUUUUCAGUGACGAAGAAUGUGACUCUCCUCCCUCUCAGCCAAUAAAAUCCAAAGUAAAGGUAGAAAAACCAGCACCGUCAGAAAAUAAGGAGAAAGUAACAGAUAUCCUUUCAACAAAGACAAAAUCAAAGAAGAAUGCAGGCGCAAGUAGUGAAAAAGUUAAAGUGAAAGAAGAAGAAACACUUGAGCUUACGAAGAAUUUGGAAGGAGAUAUCAAGACUGCCGUUGAACGACUGAAUAUGGAGACUGACAAUGAAGCUAGGUGUGAGGCCAUGGACAAGCUAGUACAAAUAGUGCUGCAGGAUGAAGAUCUGGACGGUGACGUUCUGACUAACUUAGCAAUUUGCCUUUGCCAGCUUCUUCAAGAGCAGAUAGAAGGCAGGGUCUUUCCGGAGACUGUAUCUCCCGAGACGUUGGAAGAUAGCAUAGGUAAGCCGCUGUUUGUGCUACUGAGGAACGUGACUGAAACGUCCGACUACGAUGAUCGUCAGAACCCCCUUUUCACCCUGCUGGCGGAGAUGCACAUCCACCAACCAAGGCUCGGCUACCUCCUGUUAUACUAUAUCCACGCGAGUGCCUGCGCACAAGAAGCUGAGACAAAUAGCAAGUCUUCUAGAAGUGAUAAAAUGCAUGCCUACCGAGAAUUCUGUGAUAAUUUAGAUAAGAAAUUGGAAGAAUGCAUUUUGAGUGAUCUCAAGUUAUGCCAAGAAGACGAUGUUCACCUUUUAUGCUGGUUAGCUCCGGCCAUUUAUAACGAAUUCCCUAAUAUCGCAAUUGGUCACGCUAAUCUCCUCCACCUAGUUGUGUCGAGCGUCGACGCGCGUCAGCUGCAGGAACUUGUGUGCCGUGUUGUUCAAGGGAGCUUGACUAUACUUCAGGAGGACUCUUUGCAGCACAUCCUACAAGCGUCUCUGAUGUGGGAGACGUUUGAACAGAUCUGUCUUUGGCAACUGGUGUCGGCGCACGGCAUGUCCAUAGAGACCAUCAUGCCCGUCCUGGGGAAGCUGGACUUUGCCAGCCACGCCGAGGCCCUCACGGCGAUACUGCUCAUGCUUCAGCAGGAAAGGCCGACCGCUGAUCUGGUGAAGCAAGUGAUGAGCCGAGAUGUUGGACCAAGUUGUGAUAUGUUUGUAAUGUCGGUCCUGCUGGCGUGGUGCAAAGAGCAUGAGGACACCCUCGCGGAGCUGAUUGCUACACUCCUGUCUAGGAGCUGCCCGGCAGCCGCCUCUCCCAACAAGAGGAAGCGGACGGGGACGCGCGCCAGCUCAGCUCCCACGGCGGAGAAGAUCCUAGGCCACCUCGACAGGCUGAGGAGCGGCACCAAGCAGCUCUACAAAUUUGAUGCUAUGCAGAAAGCGCUGCAACAAGCCCAGUCCGCAUGUAGCGAGUCCCAAAAGAGCCAGUUCAGCAACUUGUUUGCUUUAGUAGAAGUGGAGGAAACUACAGGCGGGAGGGGGAAGGGCGGGAGGGGAAGGAGGCCUGCGAACCCACCUCCCAAGAAGAAGCCGCCGAAGGAAAUUAUUUCUGAUUCAUCCGAUCUCAGCAGUGAGGAAGAAGAAAUUGUUAAGCCUAAACAAGCAAAAAAGAGGAAAAAAAAUCUUGUGGGAUCAGACAGUGAUUAAUAAUCGUAUAUAUUUAGGGAACAUGAAGUUUUUUUUUAUUGUAAUAUGUUUUGUAUAUUUAUGUAUUUUAUCUAAAGAGAAGUAUGUGAUAUGCUUCCACCAGGCGUUUGUAAAUAUAUAUCCCAUAUUGGGACGCCCUCCGAAUUCCGGUUAUUAAUAUUUGUAUAUUUAGUUUUCCUCUUCUUAUAUUCUUUUCCUUUUAUUUUUAAAAUAUGUUGACUCAACUAAUAUAGUUUUGAAAACGUGUAUGUAUCAUGAUGAAAUUCUACAAAUUUUCCUAAUGGUACUGAGGUUGAAUUAUCUUAACCUUCUUAAAAUUAAAUCUUUUAAAGAAUCAAAGAUUAGAGUCAAUAUACAAAUUGUAGAUAAAUGUAUAUUUUUUAUAAGUAUCAGCUGUGUUAAUUAGUAAAUUUGUUUCAUUGGUUAACCAUUGUAUCGGAACAGAUAAUUAAUCAAAAUAAGAUAUACUUGACAGGGAAGAAUUGUGUAAAAUAAAAGGAAAACAAACGAAAUCGUCUUUAAAUUAUAACAAAUAGACUUAACUGUUUGAAGAUAAUAAAAUAUAACGUUUUUGUACCACAAAGAUCGGAGUUUGUACAUUAUAUAACUAAAUAAGCAUUGUAUUUUCUUGAAUCUUUGUAAAUAUUUAUAUAUAUAGUAAUAAUUAGUUGAAUUGUAAAUAAAUUAUUUCUAUGUAUAAAAUUAUGUACAACCAGUUGUUUUUUAUUUCUAUGUCAUACUUGAGAGUAAGUAUAAAAUUCCCUUAGGUAAGAUUACAUAAAGUGUAAUAUAAUUGUUGUGGAUAUUUGUUAUCAUUUUAUUAUUUUUUCUUUUGUAUACAUAUAUAUAAUACACUGUUUUAUUUUAGUAAUUACAAAUAAUUAAAAAAAAGUUUAGUUGAUUUUUAAAAUUUUAAGUUUAUAUUAUAUUACUGAAGUACCAAUAUAUAACUUUGUUACUUUUAAUAGAAUAAAAAAAAAAUUCUCAAGUUGUACAAUUGUGUACCGGCAAUAACUAGUGAGUUGCAUUUAAAUACGAAUAGAGACGUUUUGAGUAUUUUUAUAUGACGCCAUGAGGCCUAUAAAGAUAUUAACAAUAAAAAAGUGGAUUUGAACAUGUUAGAACCAAAGAGAAAACUAAAUUCGAAGCAUGAUUUAAAAAUUUGUUUGUCUUUGUAAUUUCAUAUAACAUUGUAUCCUGGCGUGUUUUAUAAUUUAUUUAAGACUGUAACCAUCGCUUACAGUUGAACAGCUCAAUCUGAUUUUCAGUUUCUUUUGUAUUUACAAUACUCUGCAUGUCGUCUGACAAUCUAUAUUGUUCAUUAAAUGUGUCAAAAAUGAAAUAAAAAAAUAUUACUUGACUCAAUCUACUUCGUUUGUAAAUAGUUUUGAAAAAUUAACAAUAAGGAUUGCAAUUUUAUCUUUAUAGAAUAUAAAUAAUUCUGGUGUAAUUAAUAAGUUAUUUUGGUCUUCAUAUCGUUAACCUAUAGAUGCGGUAUGCAAUAUGCCAUUCGUUC